AUGUUCACUUCUAAAUUUGUCUUCUUUGCUGCUCUGAUCACCCAAAAGGACCCCGGCAACCUCAAGGCUGUUUGCAGCACCGAGGAUGUCCAGCGCGAAAUCGUGAAAAUGUGUCCAGAAGACACCGUCAAGGCUGCUCUGAAAUCGUUCUCUGACUCGUGCGCCGAAGCUGGUCAGAAAGUCUCACUCAUCGACAUCAACAAGCCAACCGGUACCUCUGGCGCAUCAAAUGGUGACGAUAGCGGCAGCAAUCCCACUUCCACUUCUUCGGGUUCCCAUUCCACUGGUACAUCCGCCGGAUACGUACACAAUAUUGACUCCUUUACCGUCGCAGCCGUUGUCGCCCUCGUUGGACUGGUCUCGAGUGUGUAG